AUGAUACAGAACCGAAAAGUAGUUGUCGUUGUGCUUUGCGCAGUGGUGCUUCUAGUCUAUCUCAUCGUGGUAACAAUAUGGGAGAUCCAACAUAUCAAUUUAACAUGGAAGGCCCGUCAAAACUUCCAAGGAUCAAUGGCCUGGCAGUCCAGAAAUCUCACAGAUAUUCUUCGUCCUGAUGUCAGGACGUGCAUUGUGUGCCCCAAAGUACCAGAUGUGUGUCAGGAUGAUCGGGCAAAGGAAACCAUCAUCUAUUUUGUUGUAUCCUCACCAAAGAAUCGAAAGGAGCGUGAUGCGAUCCGUUCUACUUGGGCACAACAGGCAGAUCCUAGACCUUUCUUCAUUACAGGAAUCGUCCAGGAUCGUCAAGUUAUGAGUCUCCUGAGGAGAGAAGCAAAAAAAUUCCAGGAUAUUGUAAUUGAAGACUUUAUGGACACAUACUUGAACUUAACAGUCAAAACAGGCUUCAUACUUAAGAAUUUCCUAAACAUUUGUCCAGAUGCGAAGUAUUUGGUUAAAUGUGACGAUGAUGUCUUUGUCAAUCCGACUGUUGUUGAUGCUGUAACUUCAGAAGUAACUUCUGAGCUCAGAAAACCACUCAUUGGGUUGAAGUUUGAACACGGAGCUGUUCAGAGGAGGCCUUCAAGUAAAUACUACAUGCCACCUUGGAUGUACGAUCAGCCAUACUUUCCAUCCUACUUCUCUGGCCUAGGUUACCUCCUUCCAGGUGAAAGUGUUGCAAGGAUUCUAACGGAGAGCUUCAAAGUACCCCUGAUCAACAAUGAAGACGCCUUCUUUACAGGAAUAAUUGCAAAUGAAAGACUAAAUAUGACUCUUCAAAGUAGAUCAGAACACUUCAAGCUUCAUAAGUCAAGAAUAGACUCAUGCCUGUAUAAGAAAGUAGCCAUGAUUCAUGGUUUCAGUGCUAAGGACUUAAGAAGGGUCUGGAGAAGAAUUCGGAGUAAGGACUGCAACAGUUAA